AUGGCUUUUCAAUAUGAGUAUGCAGUAGUCAGUCAAAUACCAAGAUCAUUCGAGGAGUUUUUAAUGUCACCAGAUUCAAACAUUACUCUAAAAAAGGGUGGAAAGUUUAACUACGAAGAAGCUUGCAAUGAGAGAGAGAAAUUCGUCGAAGCAUUAAGGCAAAAUGGUGUUGAUGUCUUGGAAAUGGAAGCAGAUGAACGCCAUCCUGAAUGUGUAAAAGUUGAUGAUACAGCAGUUAUAAUAAACGGAACAGCACUGAUGUGCAAUCCAUAUCGUUGUCAUAGACAAGGAGAAGUCAAUUUAAUACGUCACACACUGAAAAAAGAACUUGGGAUUAAAAUUGUUGAGUUGAACACAGAAAAUGCUCAAGUUGAAGGAAGCGAUGUUCUAUUUACAGGUCAGGAGAUUAUUGUUGGUAUGUCAGCGCAUACAAAUGAAUCUGGAGCGCAUGCUGUCGCUCCUGUAGGUGAAAGUGAAGCCGCUAAACAAUUACUAAAGGAGAUUGGACGGGUAGCAUCACACACAUACAAAGUGAUCACUUUGCCUGAAGACCAUGCCGCCAAUGUCUUGUAUAUCAACCAUCACUUACUUCAUUUAUCCUCCCAAAUGAUACCAAAAAGUAUAGGAAUAUUUGAAAAUAAAAUCAAUUAUUAUCGUAGUCAAGUUCAUAUCCCAGAGUUGUACAAUGCUGGUAUCCCAUUGUCAAAGUUAGCUUUAUUCGCUGGACCGUUUGGACGUCAGAAGAAUAUUAUAUCGACAAUUCCUUAA